AUGUCUUCAUUUCGUCAACAAUUAAUAAUAUUGUUUUCUGUUCUGUUUCUUUUCAUUUGCAUUGUUCAUAGUUCUCAAGUAAAUGCUGAAGAACAACAUACAAAUGAAAAAGCUAAUGUUCAAGAUGAAGCAAUAGCUGCUACUAGACUUCACGCACUUAAAGAAAUUUUAAGUCGUCGUAGUCUAUAUGAUCCUGCAUUUGGUGAUUCAUGGUCAAAUUAUUUAGAAAAACGUAAUUUAUUCGAUCCAGCUUAUAGUGAUUGGGCAAACAGUUUCAAAAGAUCAUCCGAAAAAAAAUCCAAUAAAUAA